AUGUCGGACAAGCAGACUGCUGUUCCUCAACCUGUCUUAGUCAAGGUAAAAGGGACCCUGCUUAGGGAACACACUGCUCAACAGAUAGAUGCCAUCGCUGCGUUCCGUCCUCAUCCGUCGGAUCUCCUUAUCGCCUCCUACCCGAAAUCAGGUACGACAUGGACCCAGGAGAUCGUCGACCUGCUUCUUCAUAACGGAGACGUUGAGACCUGCAGACGAGCCACGAUAACCAGGCGAAAUCCUUUCUUCGAGCUUUCCAACCAUAUGAGCAACCAAACAGGUCUUGAGCUCCUGAAGGAAAUGGAGCCCCCGAGAGUCAUCAAGACGCAUCUCCCGUUUCACCUGGCUCCAGCUGGAUUUUGGGAAAACAAGUGCAAAGCCAUCUACGUUGCACGCAACGCUAAGGACACCCUGGUGAGCUACUACUACUUUCAUCACAUGAAUAAAGCCAUUCCCGAGCCUGGACCUUGGGAGGACUUUGUCCACAAGUUCAUGCAUGGAGAACUGCUAUGGGGCUCCUGGUACGAUCAUGUGAAAGGUUUCUGGGAGGAACGAGAAAAAAAGAACAUCCUUUUCCUCUUCUAUGAAGACAUGCAUGAGAACCCUCGACGUGAAGUAGAGCGGAUUAUGAACUACUUGGACUUGUCCCUCUCGGAUGAAGUCCUCAACCGCGUUGUGAAGCAGACGAGCUUCAAGAACAUGAAGGAGAACCCGAUGGUUAACUACACAUUCGUUCCCAAGGAGAUUUUUGAUCAGUCCACCUACAAAUUUAUGAGAAAAGGGGUCGUCGGUGAUUGGGAAAAUCAUUUUACACCCGAGCAGUCAGCAGAGUUUGACGACGACUACGAGAAGAAAAUGAAAGAUGUCAACAUGCCGUUCAGAAUGAAGUUAUAA